CGCGGGCCGCGGAGUGGCGGCGUUGCUGCGGGGCUGUUGGUGUGUUGUCGCGGCCCCGGGGGCUGUUUCCGCUGUAGAACCCGAGGCGAGGGAGGCUGGGUAUCCCACCUGGGAUCACUAUGAAGGCCUUGUAUGGUCAGCAGAAUUCACCUGGAGAAGAAAUUACAUUUGUCUUCCAGGAAAGAGAAAACCUUCCUCCUACAAGAGACAAUGAAGUGAAAAUACAAGUUAGAGCCUGUGCACUGAGCUGGAUAGAUACAAAGCUUUUAUCAGAAAUUAAGCUGCAGAAGGAGCUUCUACCUGUUGGUCGAGAAAUUUCUGGAGUUGUAUUGGAAGUUGGAAGAAAGGUGACCUUUUUUCAGCCUGAUGAUGAAGUUGUGGGAAUUUUGCCCCUGGAUUCUGAAGAGUCUGGUCUUUGUGAAGUUAUUCUAGUUCAUGAGCAUUAUUUGGUUCAUAAACCAGAAAAAGUCUGUUGGGUUGAAGCAGCUGGGACUGUCCGUGAUGGUGUCCGAGCAUACACAGCUUUACACUACCUUUCCCAAGUCUCUCCUGGAAAAACUGUACUUGUAAUGGAUGGAGCAAGUCCAUUCGGUACUAUAGCUAUUCAGUUAGCACAACACAGAGGAGCUAAAGUAAUCUCUACUGCAUACAGUCUUGAGGAUAAGCAGCACCUGGAGAGGCUCAGACCUCCUGUGGCUCGUGUGAUAGAUGUGUCAAAUGGCAAGAUUGAUGUGGCAGAGAGCUGCUUGGAAGAGACAGGUGGCCUGGGAGUGGAUAUUGUUCUGGAUGCUGGAGUAAAAUUAUAUAGUGCUGAAGAUGAAUCAACUUCAAAAUCACAGUUGCUGCCUCAUAAGCAUGAUAUCAUAACUCUUCUUGGUGUCGGGGGACACUGGAUUACAACAGAAAAAAAUCUUCAGCUGGAUCCUCCAGACAGCCAUUCCUUGUUUCUUAAAGGAGCCACUGUCUCCUUUCUGAAUGAUGAGAUAUGGAACUUGUCCAAUGUACAGCAAGGGAAGUAUCUCUCCAUCUUAGAAGAUAUAAUGGAGAAAUUAUCAAGUAGCAUUUUCAGGCCUCAGCUGGAUGAACCGAUCCCAUUGUAUGAAGCCAAAGUUUCUAUGGAAAUAGUUCAAAAGAAUCAAGCAAGAAAAAGGCAAGUCAUCCAGUUCUGACACACACAAUUUCCUGGAUUCUAAGCCUGUGGAAGAUAAAGAAACGUAAUGUAUUUGAGAAGUAAAUUUGUGUACGCUUUCAAAUAAUUCUGUAACUGGAAUUCAGAUCUUUUGUCCUGUGAGAUUCCUGUGACUUUCAAGUUUGGUGUUUUGUUGGUUUUGUUUUUUUUUUUU